CAAGUUCCGUUGGGAAAAAACAGAACACCAAACGAAACCAUAAUAAAAGAUUUUACUCUGCAAUUUCCUUGCACUUUCCAAACGCUACUAAUUCGAGCCUUUUUCACCUGGUUGAAAGUUUUCAACCUUUUCCAGAACUUUGAAAUUUUAAUUUUCGGGUAAACAUACAUCAACUCGUUUCCUUGACUCUUCUUCCGUUGUGAAUGGAGAGAGAAGGAAACGAUUGUGAUGUGGGGGAUACGUCUCUCACAGCUUCACUUUUUGAUGGUGAAGCUUCGGUUUUGAGCUCCACCUUUUUGUUGGAUCACGUUGGGGAGGUCACCGUCACCUUCCACUCAGACCGAUUGUAUUGGAAAUUGGUGGGAUCCUUGGAUAAUGAUAUUUCAACUUGCUUACGUGUUAAAUAUUUUCCCAAGGCUGCUACUGAGAUCAAACUUUCUGAGAUAUAUGCUGUUGAGUUAAACGGUCAUGGUUCAAUUUACAUAUCGAGUCUCCCUCCUGCUCCUGAAUGUCUACUUUUGGGUCAAGACAUACAGAUGUACCGCUUUACUGUGCAUGGUUUUAUAAGGAGCAAAAAUCAACCUUCUCAGUGUAUCCUGGCUGAUUAUACUUUUGGUCAUACAAAUUUGCAAGUGUGUCGGAAGUGGGUUAAUCAACUUAAUGCUUCUUUGAAACAGGAAGUUGGAAGACCAAAGAAUCUUUUGGUUUUUGUUCAUCCAAGGAGCGGUAAAGGUAAUGGCUGUAGAACCUGGGAAGCUGUAGCUCCUAUAUUCUCUCGCGCUAGAGUAGAAACAAAGGUGAUUGUGACAGAGAGAGCAGGAGAGGCAUUUGAUGUGAUGUCUUCUAUAACAAAUAUGGAGCUUAACUCAUAUGAUGGUGUUGUAGCCGUUGGUGGUGAUGGAUUUUUCAAUGAAAUCCUUAAUGGGUUUCUUUCUCCCAGGUUUAAAGCUCCCUACCCACCAACUCCUUCAGAUUUUGUUCAUGUGGUUAAAGAUAAUGGUGAUUCCUUGGUUAAUGACGAAGAUGAAAUUGUUGCCGAGACUUCAAGUAAAAUGGAAGACCAGUUUCCUCUGAUUUCAAGUCCAAAACAAUUUGGAUCCAGAAUCUCAAAUCUGAAUUCCGAAGAUAAGGCUGCUGAAUUUCCUGUUCCCAAUGAAUGGUUUAGAUUUGGGAUUAUUCCUGCAGGUUCAACUGAUGCCAUUGUAAUCUGUACCACUGGAACUCGGGAUCCUAUUACUUCUGCAUUGCAUAUUGUCCUUGGUAAGAGGGUGCACCUUGACAUAGCUCAAGUUGUACGGUGGAAAAUGACUCCCAGUUCUGAGGUUGAACCUAAUGUGCGCUAUGCAGCUUCCUUUUCAGGGUAUGGAUUUUAUGGUGAUGUCAUCACAGAGAGUGAGAAGUAUCGUUGGAUGGGUCCCACACGUUAUGAUUAUGCCGGAACAAUGGUAUUUUUAAAGCACAGGUCAUAUGAGGCAGAAAUAGCAUACCUAGAUGUUGAAUCAGAUGAAAUCAAUUUAACUUCCAAAAGAGAUUAUCAGGGUAAUUUGAUACGGGCAAUAAGGUCUUCACACAUAUCAGAAAGACGUAUCUGCCGAACUAAUUGCAAUGUUUGUAAUGAAAAGCCAAAUCAUGCAUCUGUUGGAGUUUGCAGCCUCACACCUCAUUUGAAUUCAGAAGAAACAAGAUGGGCAAGAUCCAAGGGACAUUUUCUUAGUGUAGGAGCUGCUGUAAUCUCUUGCAGAAAUGAAAAAGCACCGGAUGGAUUGGUGGCUGAUGCACACCUGUCAGAUGGUUUCCUUCAUCUUAUAUUGAUCAGAGACUGUCCCCAUGCAUCUUAUUUAUGGCAUCUGACUCAACUUACAAGAAGAGGGGGAAGCCCCUUAAAUUUUAAGUUUGUUGAACAUCAUAAGCUUUUGCAGACCCCUGCAUUUACUUUCACUUCUUCGGGUGAUGAGAGUGUAUGGAAUGUUGAUGGAGAGAUUUUCCAGGCACACCAGCUUUCAGCUCAAGUGUUUAGAGGUCUUGUAUCCAUGUUUGCAUCUGGUCCCGAAGUUUAAUUGUGGACAUAGCUACUUGCUUUAAGUUGUUAUGGCUAUGCCAUUAACAGGAACCAGGAUGAAAGCAUAGUUAACACCAUGGUCUUGUAUAUAGUAUAUAUCUAUUUACAAUGUAACUACGCCGUUAAGUGGAAGGUUUGGGACUUGUAACUAUGGAGGGAAAUUUUUUAUACAUUGUAAUAUAUAUUUUUUGUGCUUCGUUCAUGAUUUUCUUUUGGCAAUUGCAAUAAAUGGAAGAAGGCUUGAUUGUUUA